AUGGGAAGCCGCAUCUGGGUCAUCGUGUUGCUGCUGGCAAUUGGGGUUCAAGGACUGAUCCGGAUCCCGUUGCAAAAGUACCCAUCUGUGCGAAACCGGUUUGGGCGGUCAGGCAUUCCCAUUGCUGAGAUGUUGCGUCGAGGAGGUCUGAGAGCUGGGAAACCCCCAACUACAACAUUAGUCACCAAGCAACGGCUCCACAACUAUAUGGAUGCACAAUACUAUGGAGAUAUCUGUAUUGGAACCCCAAAACAGUGCUUCAGUGUUGUCUUCGAUACUGGCUCUUCCAACCUGUGGGUGCCUUCCUCAAAAUGCUGUCUGCUACAUUUAGCUUGCUGGGUACACAGCCACUAUCGGUCCCUGUUUUCCCGCACCUACAAGUCUAACAAGUCUAAAUUUGCUAUCCACUAUGGAAGCGGCAGCCUCAAAGGGUUCCUGAGUGAAGACAUUCUUUCAAUUGGUAACAUGACUGUUCAGAACCAAACAUUCGCUGAGGCGACGGAUCUGCCCGGAUUGGUUUUUGUGGCUGCGAAGUUUGACGGCAUCAUGGGGCUAGGUUAUCCCACCAUCUCCGUGAACAACAUCACCCCACCCUUUGACAACAUGAUGAAGCAGAAGCUCCUUAAGCAAAAUGUGUUCUCAUUUCAUCUCUGCAGCGCUAAAGAUAUGUCAGAAGACAAAGGUGGUGAAGUUCUUUUUGGAGGAAUCAACCAUGAUGCCUAUGAGGGGGAGCUUCACUACAUCCCGGUGUCACGCAAGGCCUACUGGCAGAUCAAGAUGGACAAGUAAGUGAAUGAGAUCCAUCUGUGCAAGGAUGGUUGCCAAGGCAUUGUGGACACUGGCACCUCUCUGAUCACGGGGCCAAGUUAUGAUAUUCGAGCUCUGCAUGAAGCCAUGGGGGCUGCCCAUGCCUUUGGAGGGCAGUACUUGCUGGAAUGCGAUAAGCUGUCUGAGUUACCAAAUGUGACCUUUCAUCUUGCUGGCAAACCCUACACCCUGACUCCAGAACAAUACACGCUCCAGAUCACCCAAGCAGGAACAUCAGCUUGCAUCAGCGGAUUCAUGAGUCUUGACAUCCCUAAGCCUGUAGGCCCACUCUGGAUCCUGGGCGACGUUUUCCUUCGGCAGUAUUACUCUGUGUUUGACCGAGAUCAUGACCGAGUUGGAUUAGCUGUGUCCAAACAAACCAUAUGUGGCGCUGGUUCUGACAAAAAAAGCUCUACGGCCGGUCUUGACAUAGAGGGAGGAACGGCGGCUCCAGAAACCACAACCGUCACCACUCCAUCCAAGGAGUGUUAA